GAUGUCAGAUCAUUUGCACAUUUGGUUUUGCUUGUAUAAAAUACAUGCUUGGUUUUGAGACGAGGAGAUUGACCCUGUUACGGGGGUUUGUUUUCUGCUUUUUCCGGAGAACUUGGCUGUUGGAAAAUACUAGGUUCGGAUUGAAAUAACACGUGUUAGGGAGUAUUACGUUAAGUUAAAUACAGCCCAGUGUGUACGACAGUCUGCCACAGAGCGUUACAGAUGGAGCUGUUGCUGGGGAGUAUCCAGGUGACGCUGAGGCACAACCUCGGCAUCCUCCUGUUGUGUGACGUCCUCAUCAUCUUCCUCAACCUCAUGGUCAUCGUGCUCAUCUUCAUGUCGGAGAGGCUUAGGAACUCCACCAAGCACAUGCUGGUUGUCAAUCUGGCCUUUGCGGACCUUCUAAUAGGGGUCAUAGUGAUACCACUAUAUGCAGACUAUGGGGAGAAGGGGGAGUGGCAGUUCCCAUGUACCCUGAGGAAUGCCCUGACUGUGCUACAGAUGAACAUCCUUCCGUCUGUAACCACGUUAUGUGUGUUUGUCAUCAAUAUGGACUAUGUGUUCGCGAUGGGGUGCUAUUUUUACACAAACGGUAAGACAAAGUACGUGAUGUCUGGUUCAAUGGGUCUGUUGCCCUGGGUGAUAUCAGGAGCGCUUCUGGUACCUCUAUACUUCAUAGCAACAGAGCCAGGCCGACCAUAUGACGUCCUACCCUGCGUCAGAAGGUACAAGGAAGACGUCACGGCGCUGCUACUCAUAGCGUUCUCGUUCUUUCCCCAGAGUUUUAUCAUCAUGGUGACUGGAAUUGCUGCUGUCAUUGGAUACCUCAUCAAACGACGUUCCACGGGUCUGGACAUGUUUGGCGAGAGAAUACACUCUCCAGUGGACAUCAGUUUGGUCAGUUUUAUCACCAUCCUGUUCUAUACUCCCUACUUCUGUCUGGCUGUUCCCGUUAACAGAAUAAGCUGCAGCUCGUCAUCAGAAUGCGAAGUCCUUCGUACCAUUGGUAUCAUAGCUAGCUGGUUGUUUGUCAUCAAAUCAUUUGUCGUGCCAUUGUGUUGGUUCUGUUCUAGAGACUUUAGGACCGCGUUUAGGAAUAUUUGCUGUUGGUGUUGCUGCUAAUGACCUCAUCUUUGUCGACUGACACCUGUAACGGGGACUAUGGCUGACCCUUUCAGACGGAUCGGUACCAUCACAUGACUGUGAACGUCAAGCUGAUACUGGCCAAUAAUAUACCGAUGUUGUGGCUUAACAGUGUGGGCCAGUGUUGUAUCGUCUGCUGACACUAUUGGCGUUCGGAAGUUGCUUUAUUGAACUGAAAUUCGACCAACGUUUGACAAACGCACUGCAGCAAGAUCGACAUUUGUUUUUUCUUCAUCUUAAAGAACUUAUGUAACCGAAGUCAGCUUAUGGAUUAAGUGUAAAGAACAGAAACACGCACCUGACCUAGUCUGCAGGAUGCAGUGACUGUACUGCUCGCCCACUCGUGGAUAGGAGGAACUGGUGGAACUUGAUAAGGUUUACACAGACAAAUAUGGCAUAGUGACAACGCAGCCAAACCGGACCUUGUUUGUUUUAUUAGACGCGGAAAAGAAUUAAUCAUUGUAUGGAACGUCCGUUUCCUUAUGCAAGAUGUUUGUGUUGUGAGUAUGCACCUUGUAUUUUCCCUUUCUGUGUGUGUUAUAUUGGACGAAAUGCUAUGUCUGCAGUUAAAUAACCGACGUUAAAUUGGAUGACAAACAUAUAGUAUUUUGUUUUUGUAAAGCCUGAGCACAUUUACUUUUGGCUUUCUUUCUGGAACAUAUUUUGUGCCACGCAGCCUGGGCUAUUACAAACAACAUAUGAGAAAUCAGGGCCCCAAUCCAGAAACCGUUCGUAACGUUACGACCUGUCGUAACUAUGACGUUUACAAUAGGCUUUGAGGAAUCGGGGCCCAGGCAUUUGUAGACCUAAGCGAUGUACUACUGAUGGGGCAUGAUGAGAGACACCAGUUAUGUAACGCUGACGGACGGCGGCAAUCGACCCGUCCGAGGCUAACUCCAGCUGCUUGACGUUGUCUGAUGGUAGGAGACGGGGCACAUGUGACAAGCGAUAUACUCCGCGUGUCUGCACUGUUAUUUCAGGUUAAUUGAGUGUGGUCGUGUAAUCGGAACGAGACAAGUCCUACAGGAUUGGAUGAGACCGUUCAUCUGAGGAGAGUGCACAUACGUGAUGGAGACAGUCGUUAGACCCAUUCACACAUGCGUCUUGUAGUACACAAUUUGUGUGACCAACUAGUUGUACUGUGUGAACUGGACGUUCUUUCAUGGAAUAUGCUUGUUUAUGAUCCAGACUUUGACCACAUGGACUUAAAUCAAUGCUACUUCCACAGAAAACUGCUGGUUGUGUAUAAGAUUUUAAUUCAAGUAUGUAGUCGUUCGCUUGUCUAAUACAGUACUCACUGACAAAAUAACUGGACACAAUAAAGAACAUGUACACUCUUAAAAACUGAAAUUGUUAAUGAACCAAAAUCCAAAAACAAAACGAAUUAAAUUAAAGAAGUGGGCCACCUGAGUAGUUAAAGGGUUAUCUCCCUUUUCCUAUCUGCCAGCUUUGGGUUAUAUUUAUUCCUGAAAGUUGUUAUCUCAUGGGAGAUGUCUUUAUUUUUUUAACAUUUAAAAACAUUGCACUAUCGGUGGGUCCGUACACCACGCAAUAAUGAGUUGUCGUAUACAGAGCGCCGUGUAGUCGGAGUAUCACGUAAGGUAUGCACUGGAUCUAGCUAUAACAAAUGAUGACAUUGCAAGUCUAGCUGUUGUCGUGAAAGUAAGGAUACUGUAAGGUUAACGUCAGAACUGGUGUCCGCAACAUACUACACAAAUGUUGAUAGGGACACUGAGCUAUUCAUACUGUGACAAAACUCCGAGGGUGGAUAUGUCACACACGGUGGAAUGGAAAGGAGUGAAAUUGUUUCCUAAGGGACAGUACAGAAUUGUCCUUUGCACAUUUGUAGUCAAGGUGUAGAUGGUGUAACUGGUGAUAGACAGGCUGAGACGUGUGAUGAUGUUGAACUACGAGACUAUUGUACGUAAUAGAAGAACUUAUAGGAUAAAAGUGUUUGCGAUUAUUCUGCUGUGACUGCCAGUUGGCCUUUGUUGCCACCCAAGACUGUUCAGGUAUAUUGCAAGACUGUGCGGGCGGAGGAGGCACAUAACGAGUCCUUGGUGGAAUCGACCCUAGCGUGAGUCACUUCCUAGUUGACACCUCAACGUGUCACCCCCUGAGUGUGAACUGAACAAAGUGCUUGACCCGCCGUCGGAGUGUUGUGUGAUUGGUGUGAUGACAUGAAGGAAAUAGUUUUAGCAGGUCGUAGACAUUGGCAGUAUAUAUGUCAGGAAUGCCGGCAUGUAUCCGUGGUACCGGUUGUUCAGUUUUCAAUAUAUGUAACAAUUAUGAAGAUGAAUAAUGAAAUGUACUAGGGCUGAGACGGGUAACCCGGAUACCCGGGACGGGUGGGUAAUGAGUUGGACCCGG